UUGUCGCGAGUCGAUCGUAGGAUUUGGCGUGCGGCAGUGUUCAUUUCCAUCCGAGCAGUCGUUGGAGUUGGUUGGCUAACCGCGGUGGUCUGGUGUGAUUGGCCCAAGUAUCAGCAGUCAGCAGAAGAAGAGAGGUGUGCGUCUGACAGCGGCGGAGAAAAGAAGUGAUGCGGUGUUAGCUGUGCGGAAAAUCAGAUGCCUGUGAAGAGUUAGUUAACAACCGGUGUGUGAUCGCAACAUCAAGAAGUAGUGUGUAGUGGGUCUGGCAUUGAAUGUCCCAGAAAUAUUGGCUCGCUGGUCUGGUUCCACUGCUCGCGAAACACGACGGUAACCAGAUGCUCGGCUCGAAAAGUUUGACAUUGUUGUGCACGAUUAUGAUUCCGUGACUGAUUGGUUGGUUGGAAUUUUUAGUGAGUCACCAAGCGCGCACAGUGCUUGAGACUAGAAUAUCCCCAAACCGAAUGAAUCGCGUGUGUGGUGAUGCUGUGUGGAAUUGACAUACGGAUGUGGUUUUUCUGGAAUUUGGAAGCGUGUGCUAAGUACUUCUGCUGGAUUGUGUCGAAGGGAUCGAUUUCAACGGUUUCCUUUUGGUGUGUUCUGUGAUUGUGCGUGAUGUGUUGUCAAUCAAGCUCUGAUUAAUUAACAAUUAACCAACCAAAACACGAUCGAAAAGGUGAAACUCUCAGCCCUACAAACGGUCCUCAUCGACUCUGGACGUUGGUGACUACUGCUGUGUGAAAAUUGAUUACAUUGCUCAAAGCAUCUAUUCAUCGCAAUCGACGAAUCCUUACUUGGAACCAUUGGCAUUUUGAAAGAUCAACGCAGUAGUUUACAUUAAGAUUAGCAGCUCUAGCCUUAAUAAUACUUCUCGAAUUGAACGAUACUCCUUCAGAAAGCAAUAACACGACACGCAAGAUUAACGAUUAAACUUAUUUAUCCAAUUAUUUAUAUUACAUUUAAACUGAGAUCGGCGUAAUUCCAUCCACUUAGUUUAGUUCUAAUAUUCAGUAGCAAUUUUUGAGCAAAUCUCUGGUGUAGAAAUCUACACGUAAAAUACUUGCAAUAAUACAUAAAUUAACUGAUUCAUUGCCCCCAAGUACACCGACAGUCAGAUUCUUUCCCCCUCCCAAUCGCAAACCAAAAAUAGGCUUAGAAAAAGUUGCAUUUUUAUCGCUACGAAACGAAGGGUUCAGUGCAGUUUUUAGAAUCUUCAACAGAUUUUUGAUAUCAAUUCAUUCAUUUCACCAAAUAUUAGUUUGAUAGAUUUUCAUAUUAUCACGUUUGCUUAAGGUUAGAAAGUGCAGUAAAAGCACAGAAAAAAGGUACUCAUUUAAGUAAGUUCUACAAACGUCAACGUUACUAGCGUUUAUUGGUUAGAAAACAGAGAGGAGAGCAGCAACGCACACGCACAUCGAUCCCCCCUUACUAACACUCAAAAUGCUUCCAACGAGUCAACAUCAGCAGCAACAGCCGCACCAAUCCUCGGACGUGGUCGCUCAGCAGCAGCUGCAGCAGGACGCGCAAACGCAACACCUGUUGAAUGUGGCGGCCUCGUCCUACACCACGGCGGUAUCGUCGAGCGGUGGUUACACCAUGAGCUAUCCGGUGGUGACCGGGCACCAUCUAACCGAGAACAACAAUCUGAUCAUGCACCCAUCGUACGGCAAACCGGCAGCACAUGUCGCGCAUCAGCUGCCGCCAGCAUCGCUCAUCACGCUACAGCCGGUGCCGCUCGAGGCGCAUCACCAUUCGGCGCUGCAUCACGUCUCCAAUCUGGGUCCACCGCCACCCGGCACUCCCGGCUCCUUGCAGCAGCAGCAGCAACCACACCAUCAACAGCAGCAACAGCAAGGACUAUCACCGUCCCACGGUUCGACGAUCGUAACGUCACUGGCUCCUCCUCCACCCGGUUCGGGCCCGCUCGGUGGGCUAAUCAUUGGCGGAGGGCAACACUUGCACCAUGCAUCAUCAUUACAGCAGCAGCAACAACAAGCUCAUCAACAACAGCAGCAACAACAGCAGCAGCAGCAACAGCAACAACAGCAGCAGCAGCAAAUGGAGCAACAGAUGGGAGUUGUAGCCUCUUCAAGUGCAUCACAAAUGCAGCAAGGUCCACCGUCUUCCAUGUCGCACGCUUCCUCCAUGAACGAUCCCAACGGAAACGGUAUGUGUGUGGUAUUGUUGUUGGCGAUUCUCAACAGUCAGCAAACAUGUUCGACAAGGGUUGACGAACACGAUGACCGCACACUCCUUCCCCUCCGUAUCUCGAGUAGCAUGUACACCUACACUGUGCAUGGUGAACAGAGCACUCUCAAGCGCAACACGCGAGUCCUUAGAGAGAGAGAGAAAGGCCGCGUUGUUUAAACCAAAGCUUGCCCCAGUGUGCUCCGUUGUGCAUGCGUAUGUGCGGGUGAAAUGUGAAAGAGGAUACAGAGUGGUGUGUCGUCAUUGUUGUGUCCGAUCCCGACAAGUAAACAAAUAUGAAAUCUCUCCAGAAGUUUGCCACUCGACAUCGAAAUGCUUCCCCCCAGAACAACAUACACUUUGGAAGAUCACGUUGGAUGUCGCUGCGGAAGCUUAGGAAGAGAGACGAUGUGGUGUUGUAGUUGCUAGUGUGUGGUGGUGGUGCGGUUAUUUCCUUGGGAGCACAAGUUUCUUUUCAGAGUUGUCUCUUAGAUGUGUUCUCACAUUACUUCCGCUGCUGGAUCGAUCGAUGAUGGGUGGUUCUGCCUUAUGCCUGAAUUCACGAAACGCUGUAGAUCUAGGAAGUGUAUCCUCUCUUCAUUCGACGAUG